UGUGUUUGUUAUUUCUGUUACUGUUGGUUGUGUUUUUAGGAAUGUAUUCUAAUACUACCUAUAUUCAGCAUUGAAGUAUGUCCUCUAUGUUUUGUGAAUUUUUUUAGUAUUUUUGGAAAUUCAGGUCUUUGAUCAUUUGUGCAAGGUAAGAGAUACAUGCGUAUAUCCAUUUUCCUUUCGAUGUUUAUUAAAGGGCUGUAUUUUCUUCAGUAGAUUCAGCAUUUUGUUGGGAAUUUGCUUACUAUAGAUGCAGAUUUUUUUUAUAGAUGUGUCUCUUCUGUCACUAUAUAUCUGUUCUUACGUUAGUACCAGUAUUUUUUGUUUUCUAUUGCUUAGUGCUGUGUUUGAAGUCUGAUACUAUGCCAUUCUUGUUUUCUGUAUUCUCUUUCGCUAUUUGAUGUUGAUUGUGCUUCCACGAGAAUUUGAGGAUUUACUUCUUGUUUUGUUAAGAGUAUCAUUCCUGUUUGAAGGGCAUUGCAUCAAACCUCCAAGUUGCUUUGGAUAAUAUGGACAUUAACAAUAUUUUUAUGUAGAUGUACGCGCAUAGAGGCUAGAAGGUAAGUUUGGAUGUCCUGGAGCUGGUGUUACAAGAGGUGGUGAGCUACCCAUGUGGGUCCUGGGUACUGAACUGUGGUACUGUCUGAGAACAGUACACACUAUCAAGCAUUGAGCCACCUCUCUAGCCCCUUAACAUUAGCAGUAUUAAUUCUUAGUAUAUGAACAUAAAGGGAAAAAAAUCUUAUUUUAAGUCUUUGUCUUCCUUUGUUAAAUUUAUUCCUAGAUUUGUUUCUUUGUUUUGUUUUGUUUUUAAUGAGUGAGAUUGGAACAUUCUUUGUUUGCUGUAUAGCUCUUAUACAGUGUAUUGCUUUCAUGAUACCUUUUCAGCAGCUUGGUUUUUUACUCUUUCUCUUUGUAUGUGUGUAGUUUGUUUAAAUUUUCUGCUCUUCUCUCCUUUAAAAAUGUUUUGUUGGGCUGGAGAGAUGGCUCAGAGGUUAAGAGCAGUGGCUGCUCUUCCAGAGGUCCUGAGUUCAAUUCCCAAGACCCACAAGGUGGCUCAUAACCAUCUAUAGUGUGAUCUGAAGCCCCCUUCUGGCUUGUAGGUCUACAUGCAGAUAGAACACUCGUCUGCAUAUUCUUAAAAUCAAGGAUAUCAUGAAAUGGUGGGAUCUAGAAAAGAUCAUCCUGAGUGAGGUAUCCCAAAAGCAGAAAGACAUGAAAUAUACUCACUUAUAAGUGGAUAUUAGACAUAUAACAUAGGAUAAACAUACUAAAAUAUAUGCACCUAAAGAAGCUAAGCAAGAAGGAAAACCCUGGGUAAUAUGAACAAUCCUCAGAAAGGCAAACAGGAUGGAAAUCGGAAGAGGGAGAAAACAGGAAACAGGACAGGAGCCUACCACAGAGGGCCUCUGAAAGACUACCCAGCAGUGUAUCAAAGCAGAUGCUGAGGCUCAUAACCAAACUUCGGACAGAGUGCAGGGAAUCUUAUGAAAGAAGGGGGAGAUAGAAAGACCUGGAGGGAAAAGGAGCUCUACAAGGAGAGCAGCAGAACCAAAAUAUCUGGGCCUAGGGGUCUUUUCUGAGACUGAUACUCCAACCAAGGACCAUGUAUGGAUAUAACCUAUAACCCCUGCUCGGAUAUAGCUCAUGGUAGCUCAGUAUCCAAGUGGGUUCCCUAGUAAGGGGAACAGGGACUGUCUCUGACAUGAACUCACUGGCUGCCUCUUUGAUCACCUCCCCCAAAGGGGGGAGCAGCCUUACCAGAACACAUAGGAAGACAAUGCAGCCAGCUUUGAUGAGACCUGAUAGGCUAGGGUUAGAUGGAAGGGGAGAAGGACCUCCCCUAUUAGUGAAUGUGGAGAGGGGCAUAGGAGGAGAUGAGGGAGAGAGGGUAGGAUUGGGAGGAAAUGAGGGAAAGGGCUACAGCUGGGAUACAAAGUACAUAAACUAAUUAAUAUAAAAAAUUAAAAAUAUAAAAAGCAUACAACAUCAAAAAAAUCCCAACAAUUUUGUUGAUUUUAUAUUUGAAGGAAAAAAGCAAACAAAUGAGCAAGUGUGAGGACUUGAAUUUAAUUCGCUAGAAGUCCUCUGUAAACUCAUUUGCUGUUAUUCUUAGUGCUCCUAUAGUAAAAUGGAAGAGAGAGACUGAAAAAUUCCCACUGACUGUAUUGGAGAAUGUAACUGCAAACAAGGUAGAAGGCAAGGACCAACACCCAAAGUUGUUCUGAGUAGCCCCCACACUCUAAGCUCAUAGCCCCUCUCCAUUUCUUUAUUCCAUUGACCUUUUGUAUUCUCUCCAAUCUUUGUUGUUUCUUUUUGUUUUAUUAAUUUUGGUUUGGGUUUGGUUUUAUGUCAUUGUGGUGCAUCAUAUUAUUUGAUAUUCUGUUCUCUACUAUAAUUAGUGAUAGAAAAGUACUGCUUUUGGAACCACUAAGUUUUGUUAUAUUGUUAUUUUCAUUUGUUUUAAGGGAUUUUAAUUUUUUCCUUUCGAUUUCUCUUUUUUUUUUCCAUUUAUUUUAUCCAAUUUAUAUCCUUGUAGCUCCUUCCCUCCUCUCCUUCCAGUUCCUCCCUCCCCCUUUUCUCAGCAAAGGAGAGUUUUUCUUUCCCCAGAUCAUCAAGUUGCAUCAAGACUGAACAUGUCCUCUUCCACUGUGGCCUGUCAAGGCAGUUCCACCAGGGGGAAGUGAUCUAAAAGCUAGCAACUUCCAGCUGAUCUUACCAAGAUGCACCUCACAGACAACCCUCAUCCACAGGUGACUCAUGUGUCUUCUAGUCAGUCUGGCUGUAGCAUUGCCAGUGACUCUGGGAGCAGCAGUUUAUCCGAUAUCUAUCAGGCUACAGAGAGCGAAGUGGGAGAUGUAGACUUAACACGUCUUCCAGAAGGACCUGUUGAUUCUGAGGAUGAAGAAGAGGAAGAAGAGAUAGAUCGAACAGAUCCACUGCAGGGUCGAGAUCUUGUUCGAGAAUGUCUUGAAAAGGAACCUGCAGACAAAACUGAUGAUGAUGUUGAACAGUUACUUGAGUUCAUGCACCAGCUGCCUGCCUUUGCAAACAUGACCAUGUCUGUAAGAAGAGAGCUCUGCUCUGUCAUGAUUUUUGAAGUAGUGGAGCAGGCUGGAGCUGUUAUUCUUGAAGAUGGACAAGAGCUUGACUCAUGGUAUGUCAUUUUAAAUGGCACUGUAGAAAUUAGCCAUCCAGAUGGGAAAGUUGAAAAUCUAUUCAUGGGAAAUAGUUUUGGAAUUGUUCCCACUCUGGAUAAGCAGUACAUGCAUGGAGUUGUCAGGACCAAAGUUGAUGAUUGUCAGUUUGUCUGCAUAGCCCAACAGGAUUAUUGGAGAAUUUUAAAUCAUGUGGAAAAAAAUACCCAUAAAGUUGAGGAAGAGGGAGAAAUUGUCAUGGUACAUGAGCACCGUGAACUAGACCGGAGUGGAACCAGGAAAGGACACAUAGUAAUCAAGGCAACACCUGAGCGUCUCAUCAUGCAUUUGAUAGAAGAACAUUCUAUUGUGGACCCAACAUACAUAGAAGAUUUCCUAUUAACUUAUAGAACAUUUCUUGAAAGCCCUUUGGAUGUUGGGAUCAAGCUUUUGGAAUGGUUUAAGAUUGACAGCUUAAGGGAUAAGGUGACCCGGAUUGUACUCUUGUGGGUAAAUAAUCAUUUUAAUGAUUUUGAAGGUGAUCCUGCUAUGACUCGAUUUCUAGAAGAAUUUGAAAAAAAUCUAGAAGAUACAAAAAUGAAUGGUCACCUUAGGCUCUUGAAUAUUGCCUGUGCUGCAAAGGCUAAGUGGAGGCAAGUAGUCCUGCAGAAGGCAUCCCGAGAGUCCCCGCUGCACUUCAGCCUUAGUGGAGGCAGUGAGAAGGGAUUUGGGGUCUUUGUAGAAGCAGUAGAACCUGGUAGCAAGGCUGCUGAUGCAGGACUGAAACGGGGUGAUCAGAUAAUGGAAGUCAAUGGGCAAAACUUUGAGAAUAUUACAUUUGUUAAAGCUCUUGAAAUUUUGAAGAAUAAUACUCACCUUGCACUUACUGUGAAGACCAACAUUUUUGUGUUCAAAGAAUUGCUCAGUAGAACUGAACAAGAGAAAUCUGGUGUUCCUCAUAUUCCCAAAAUUGCUGAAAAAAAAAGUAAUCGCCAUUCAAUACAGGAUGUUCCGGGAGAUAUUGAACAGGCACCACAGGACAAAGGAAAUAAGAAAAUUAAAGCAAAUACUGUUUCAGGUGGAAGAAACAAAAUCAGGAAAAUUUUGGAUAAAACACGAUUUAGUAUUUUGCCUCCAAAACUAUUUAGUGACGGAGGCCUGAGCCAAUCUCAAGAUGACAGUAUUGUGGGAACCAGGCACUGUAGACACAGCCUGGCUAUAAUGCCAAUUCCUGGAACGCUCUCAUCCAGCAGCCCAGAUCUCUUGCAGCCUACCACCAGCAUGUUGGACUUUUCCAAUCCCACAGCUGUUGGUUUUUACUAUAUUCCUGAUCAAGUUAUAAGAGUUUUCAAAGCAGAUCAACAAAGUUGCUACAUUAUCAUCAGCAAAGACACCACAGCUAAAGAAGUGGUCUGCCAAGCUGUUCAGGAAUUUGGUUUGACUGGUGCAUCUGACACAUACUCUCUCUGUGAAGUUUCUGUUACUCCUGAGGGUGUCAUAAAGCAGAGAAGACUUCCAGACCAGUUCUCCAAAUUAGCUGAUAGAAUUCAACUCAAUGGAAGAUAUUACCUAAAAAAUAACAUGGAAACAGAAACCUUGUGUUCUGAUGAAGAUGCCCAGGAACUACUUAAGGAAAGCCAGCUGUCCAUGCUGCAGCUUAGCACCAUUGAGAUUGCCACCCAGCUGUCGAUGAGGGACUUUGAUUUAUUUCGCAAUAUUGAGCCCACUGAAUAUAUUGAUGAUCUUUUUAAGUUAGAUUCCAAAACAGGAAAUACUCACUUGAAACAGUUUGAGGACACUGUAAACCAAGAGACAUUCUGGGUUGCCUCAGAGAUUUUAAGUGAAUCAAAUCAGCUCAAAAGAAUGAAGAUUAUUAAACAUUUUAUUAAAAUCGCCCUUCAUUGCCGAGAAUGCAAGAACUUCAAUUCCAUGUUUGCAAUAAUAAGUGGCUUGAACCUGGCACCUGUAGCACGACUUAGAGGCACUUGGGAAAAGUUACCAAGCAAAUAUGAGAAACAUCUUCAAGAUCUACAAGACCUUUUUGAUCCAUCUAGAAACAUGGCAAAAUACCGAAAUAUUCUUAGUAGUCAAAGCAUGCAGCCUCCAAUUAUUCCCCUCUUCCCUGUUGUCAAGAAAGAUAUGACAUUUCUUCAUGAAGGAAAUGACUCCAAAGUAGAUGGCUUAGUAAACUUCGAGAAACUAAGAAUGAUUGCCAAGGAAAUUCGUCAUAUUGUUCGAAUGACUUCUGCUAACAUGGACCCUGCCAUGAUGUUCCGACAGAGGAAGAAGAGGUGGCGGAGUCUGGGGUCAUUAAGUCAAGGCAGCACAAAUUCAAACAUGCUGGACGUUCAGGGAGGUGCUCAUAAGAAAAGAGCACGACGCAGCUCACUGUUGAAUGCCAAGAAGCUGUAUGAAGAUGCCCAAAUGGCAAGGAAAGUGAAACAGUAUCUUUCUAGUCUGGACAUAGACACAGAUGAGGAAAAGUUCCAGAUGAUGUCAGUACAGUGGGAGCCUGCAUAUGGUACCUUGACAAAGAGCUUAACUGAAAAAAGAUCAGCCAAGUCAUCUGAAAUGUCUCCUGUACCUUUGAGGUCAGUUGGCCAAGCAGCUAAAGUCCACCUUCAUCAGCCACAUAGAGUGAGCCAGGUGCUUCAGGUGCCAGCAGUUAACUUGCACCCCAUCAGGAAGAAAGGACAAGCCAAAGACCUUGUGCUGAGUACAAGUUUACCUCAGAAAGGCGUAGGACCAACUGAGGAAGUGAGUGGUAAGAAACACACAGAAGACACAAUUUCUGUGGCAUCCUCUCUGCAUUCUAGCCCUCCUGCAUCUCCUCAAAGCUCCCCUCGCAAAGGUUAUACUCUCAUACCAUCAGCUAAAUGUGACUUGUCUGACUCCAGCCACAGUGAAAUCUCCUCUCGGUCCAGUAUUGUGAGCAACUGUUCUGUUGACUCCAUGUCCGCAGCUCUGCAGGAUGAACGCUCUUCUACCCAUGCCCUAUCAGUUUCUGAGCCCACGGGGGCACUGGAGAAGGCGGAUCACCCGUCAGGGAUGGCAGACCACAGUCAGCUUGCUCCCGGGUGGAUCCUGCCAAAGCCAUCUCUCAUCAAGGGUGCGGCUGUCUCGUCUUCUCUGAGCAGUGAAGAGAUGUCUCAUGAGCAUGUUGUGCUAGAAGCAGCUGACAGUGGUCGGGGUAGUUGGACUUCCUGUUCCAGCAGCUCCCAUGACAACUUCCAAAGCCUUCCAAACCCAAAAAGCUGGGACUUUCUGAACUCUUACAGAUACACACAUCUGGAUGACCCUAUUGCUGAAGUUGAGCCCACUGACUGUGAGCCCUGUACCUGCCCUAAAGGCUUCUCAAGAACUUGUGGCCAGUGCAAAAGCAGCCUAGAGGCAAGCCAGCUAAGGCAGAGUUGGGCCUCCUCCAGCUCACUCUCUGACACGUGUGAACCAAACUACGGGACAGUUAAGCGGAGGGUGUUGGAAAGUGCACCAGCAGAGGCAUCUGAUGGCUUGGAGCUUAGGGACACCACUGACCCUGUUUAUAAAACUGUCACUUCCAGUACAGACAAGGGCUUGAUUGUGUACUGUGUCACCUCACCCAAGAAAGGUGAUAGAUAUAGGGAGCCACCUCCCACUCCUCCAGGAUAUCUGGGAAUUUCUUUAGCGGACCUAAAGGAAGGACCCCACCCGCAUCUAAAACCUCCAGACUAUAGCGUGGCAGUGCAAAGGUCAAAGAUGAUGUUUAACAGCCUGUCUAGACUGCCGUCAGCUCCUCCCAGUAGCCACACCUCAGCCUGGGUUCCCCCGAAGAUCGGAUCCCAGCCUCACAGGCAUAGCUCGCAGCCGCCCCAUCCCAAACUAGCAGAUGUGGCUGAUGCAGAUAGCGAAGCGGAUGAAAAUGAGCAGGUGUCAGCAGUCUAGCCUUUGGAAGGCCCGUUGGAGACCGCUGCAAGUCAGGAACAGGGACAAGAGCUCCUGGGUCUGCAAGCCAAGGCCAACAGCUCGCUGCUGCCACUAACCCUGAGGUCUCCCGGAUGGGCUCUGAGGAUGAGCGCUUCCGGAGUCGUGCUUCCCCUCGUUCUGUCCCUGCAGGUGCACUUCCCUUAACUGGAUGUUGCACCUGAUCUCAGCCUACACUUUGCACAUCAUUCCUGCCUUGGGACCACAUUCAAGCUCAGAGUUGUCCCCCUGUAUAUCACUAUAGGUUUUUCUUUCCGCAAGUCGUUUUAAAGAUAGUGGUAUUAUUAUUUCUAAGCCAUAGCUUGGGCUAAUGGACACGUUCAAAAUGUCUGCCAAUACCAAGGAGAGUCUUGCAUCUUUGAAAAGUAAUUUAUUAUUUGAAGUAUUGUGGUUUUGUUUGUAUUGAAGAGCUCUCAUUAGCUGUUGUUUGUCUGAAUCUAUAAAGCUGUCUGUGGUCUGAGCAGCAGACAUCCUGACAGGUACAGAAACGUAGCACCAUUGUAGCGCUCAGGUGGGAACUAAACACUGGUGCAGUAAGUGUGAGCAGCCUGCUCAUCGUCAUGUGGACUGCAGCAGCCACAGAGGUCUUGGCAGGCUUCUGAAAAGGGGAGCAGAGAGGGAGUAUAAAGGGAGAACCAGGAUUUGCAAAGAAGGAGAAGUUAACAUUGAACUUGUUGUGCUUGUUUCUGAAAUGAACAUCAUGCUGCAUCCAGUUGUGAGAUUACUACAGAGCCACUGGGAAUGGCUUCUAGAGAAUUCUGUCUCCAUAGGAACCCUAAGCUAGCAUUCCACAACUCAAGUGUGGAUUCCUAGUGUAAAAAUAUAUAUAUUGUAGAAGCUAGAAGGUGGCUCAGUGCUUAAAAUUCUCACAUGCUGUCACAUGCUGGCUAACAACUCCCUGUAACUCCAGUUCCAGGGGAUCUGACACCCUCUUCUGGCUUCCACAAACACUGCAUGCAUGUAGCACAUAGGCAUACGUGCAGUCAGAACACCCCUACACUCCAAAAAUAAAUAAUAAAAAAAAUAGUAAUUUUUUAAAGUGUCGUGGAUGCAGUGGUGAAGGUCGCCUUGACUUGUGCAGUGGCUUGCAGCACAGAACCACAUGUGCAGUCAUUGGAUGUGAGCUUUGAGCCCUCCACAGAACUCCGUAACCAAGAGAUAGACUUGGAUAAGAGAGAGGAGCUAGGAUAACAGAGGGAACUUACACCCUUUGUGACCUCCUGGAUAUGGCACUCUUAAGUAUUCAAAUGCAGUAGACUUUUCACAUUUUUACAAAUCAAGCAUAACGUUUUGUAUAUAUAUAUUUAAAGUUUUUCUUUUGCUUUUUAAUGUAAAGGCAAUUAAGAUUUCAUAAACUUCUGUAAUUACCAAAAAAAAAAAAAAGCCAAAGCCAUUAAAAGUGCACUGACCAUGACAGCACUGCUGCAGGCAGUCAUGGGACCAGCUGCCUUUUCAAGGUUGUACUUUUCCGUUGCUCUCUCCUGUUUCAGAGUCAAAACAGUUCCAAAUGUAAUAGUACUGUGUCUUCCCACAGAAUGCCUGUGUCUUUAGGAAAAGUAGUGGCUGAAGAAUUCCCCUGGGGAGACAUUAACCCAAAGCCUUAGACAUGAGCCCAGGUGCGCUGCAGUGCAGUGAGGCAGAGCCUUACUGGCCCUUUAAGUGCAAAGCAGCCUGAGUGGCAGCUGCAGCUUGACAGCCAUGUUUAACUGAUCUGGCCUAUGAACUGUGCUGUCUUCUGAUUGUGAAUUUUAUAUUCACCUAUUUGCAUAAUAUUGUUUUCAUGUUAAAAACAAAAUAAAUAUUUUUGCUAUAUCCACCUUUUUAAUCCAAGUUUGGGUACUCAUUGUCACCAUUUUCUAUCCAUUGCUCCAGAAAAAAAUGUGCUGUUUGCACUGCCUCUGUUCAUCCAACAGGUCUUCAGACCAGACGGAGUCUCGCCUGCCUUGGUCCUUAAUAUGGUGACAUGUCUUGCACAGAGAGUGAGGCCUGUGGCUUUGAGCCUGUUCUGUGUAGCUGCCUUGGUUAUAUCAAGCUUUAUCUGUGGGUGUUCAGACCAGCUGAUCACAUUGAUCAGAAUGAAAACCAAAUGCUUUGUAGUUUGAUGUAUAUGAGUCCCUGAAAAAAAAAAUCAUGUCUGCCUUUUUUUACUUUAUCAUGUGACUAGAGCAAGGCAAGCCUUAAAGCCCAUGCUUGCUCUGGUUCCAAGUUCCCAUUUGUCCUUGUUGGAAGUUUGUGACAUUACUAAAGAGACUCGUGCCCAGCGCCUGCCAAGACUGUCGAAGCAGCAGACCCUUAGUGCGGACUUUUGCCAAACAAUAGAUUUCAGCAAAAUCUCAUAGCAAACCAUGUAGAGAUUAGCCCAGCUGCUGCCUACAGCAAGCUUACAUGCAAGCCCCACACUUCAUUUCUUCUAAAUGGUGUCUUUCAGGAUGAUCUUUGGGGAGAAAAAUCCUCUAGAGAGUAUUCAUGAGGGUGACAUGAACACCUCCGUGAUCUCUACCAAGCUUGGAGAGUAGCAGUAACCACAAGGGUUUCCUUAAAAUUACAAAAAAAAAACAAGCAUUUCCUUUAAAUUUUUAAACUGAUUAUUUGGAUUGAGAAGGUCUAGGAAGACAUUAAAUGUACCCUUGCACCAUCCCAUUGCACACCACAAAAAAAGGCCGGGUCAGCCUUGAGACAAGUCAGGUACAUUUUUAAGUUGAAACUUGAGUUGCACUUCAUCUUUAGCUUUUGUGCUGUUUAAAAGGCCUCUUUUUUAUUAAUGUACAGAAUGAAUGCAGUUGAACCUGAUGUUUUAACAUUGAAAUGAGUUUAUCAAAAAACAAAAGCAAAAUUGCACAGUUGCUCUAAUCCAGUGACAAUUAUCUGCACAAUUGAGUGAUUGUAAGGCAUACUGUCACAAGCAAGGCUGUCUCCCGGUGUUUGAUGCCUCUUAAACUUAUGUCUUUUAGAAAGACAGUGCCUCUGUAUGCGUUUGUAUUUUUACUGAGUGUAAAUACUUGUUAUAUUUUUGGUUAAGAGAAUGUAAGGGUAUCAUUUAUUACCACAUCUCCUAACACAUUGGAACCAAUAAAGAACCUGCAUUGAC